AUGGGUAUUAUGUAUCCGUUUCCAAACUCCCCUUCCCCUAAUUAUUGUGUACUUCCUAUUCCGAAAUCUCAGCAGCAAUGUAAGAAGAGGGAAUUGUAUGUCAUCCAAGCCAUUCACGAUGGGCUUGUGCUGUACACGUGGACAAAUUUUGUUACGGCCAUAGAUGAGCUGUACAUCUGCAAUCCCAUGACCAACCAGUGGUUUCCACUUCCUAAACCCAAAUAUAAUCCAAAGGCAAAUCUCAGCUAUGGUUUCAUCACAAGGGUCGAAGACGGAAUCUUAACCAGCUAUAGGGUCGUGCUUGUCCGUUGUCAUCCCCAGAAACAAUUUUUCAUCGAGUUCGUGGUGUUCUGUUCAGAAUCGGGAAAAUGGGUAGAAUAUACUGUUCACUCCACGCGUGCAGUUCGGGUUUCUUAUAUCAAGACGAGUGUGUUCCUCAACGGGAAACUGCACUGGAACGAUUGUGAGCUUGGGCUUAUAGCAUACGAUCCUUAUACGAGUCCUGAUGAGAUGCACUUGAUAGAUUUUCCCAAUGAUCGAUACAGAGGUUAUAAAACAGACACAUACAUCGUGAACUUCAGCUCGUGUGGCGUCCACCAAGGGCUUCUCAAGUAUUUUGAAAUUAUCGAUCCAUUCGGUCCGCGCAGCUUCUCGCAGCUCAAGAUAUGGGUGCUCGAGGACUAUGAUAUGGGUGGAUAG